GUGACUCACACUCGUGACGGUAAACGAAGGCGAGCGGCGCGACUGGUAGAAGGAAAGAAAAUUUGCGAAAAUAGAAGAAGCCUUGGGAAAAACUCUUCGAGCUCUCUCUCUCGAUCAUCUCUUCCCCCACCCCGCCCCACCAAGAACUUUGGCCCAGGGCUAGGGUUAGGGUUUCUGAGUUCCCUCCGCGGUUCGGGGCUCUCCUCGUCGAUCUGUCCCCACGAUCUCCCGCUGUCCUUGGCGGAGGCGCUUCCGCGAUUUCCGGCGCUCGAUCUGACGGGAUCUGCGCGGGCGAUGUCCCGAUUCGAGAAGGAGGAAGUCGGGAGGCGCCUCCCGGUUCCGAUUCUCGACAGAUAGCCCAGGGAUCUCCGGACGGGCCGUUCCCGGCAACAUGGCCGACGCUCUGUCCAUAAUCCCGGCGUUCGUUCUCAGGAACCUUGCCGAUAAGCUCUACGAGAAGCGGAAGAAUGCGGCCCUUGAGAUCGAAGGUAUCGUGAAGCAACUGGCGCUAGCGGGAGAGCAUGACAAGAUAGCAGCUGUGAUCAAUCUGUUAACCAAUGAAUUCACGUAUUCCUCGCAGACGAAUCAUAGGAAGGGUGGCUUAAUAGGGCUUGCCGCAGCUACUGUUGGUUUGGCAACUGAAGCUGCCCAGCAUCUUGAGCAAAUUGUACCGCCUGUACUUAAUUCCUUUCUUGACCAAGACAGUAGAGUUCGGUAUUAUGCUUGCGAAGCAUUGUACAACAUAGCAAAGGUUGUAAGAGGAGAUUUCAUCAUAUUUUUCAAUAAGAUAUUUGAUGCACUUUGUAAGCUCUCGGCAGACUCAGAUGCUAAUGUGCAGAGUGCUACUCAUCUUCUAGACCGGCUCGUAAAGGAUAUUGUAACCGAGAGUGAUCAAUUCAGCAUAGAAGAGUUUAUACCACUUCUGAGAGAACGCAUGAAUGUACUCAACCCUUAUGUACGCCAAUUUUUGGUGGGAUGGAUCACCGUUUUGGAUAGUGUUCCAGAUAUUGAUAUGCUUGGUUUCCUUCCAGAUUUUCUUGAUGGUUUGUUCAACAUGUUAAGUGAUUCCAGUCAUGAAAUACGUCAACAAGCCGAUUCCGCACUUUCCGAAUUUCUGCAAGAAAUAAAAAAUUCUCCAAAUGUAGAUUAUGGUCGUAUGGCUGAAAUAUUGGUACAAAGGGCUGGUUCUCCUGAUGAAUUUACUCGGUUGACAGCUAUCACAUGGAUAAAUGAAUUUGUAAAACUUGGUGGAGACCAGCUUGUUCCUUACUAUGCAGAUAUACUAGGAGCUAUAUUACCAUGCAUAUCCGAUAAAGAGGAGAAGAUCAGAGUGGUUGCUCGUGAAACCAAUGAAGAGCUUCGUGCCAUUCAAGCUGAUCCGGCGGACGGAUUUGAUAUAGGGGCCAUCCUCUCUAUUGCAAGGAGGGAAUUAACUAAUGAAUGGGAGGCUACCCGAAUUGAAGCAUUGCACUGGAUCGCAACUCUUUUGGCCCGGCAUCGAGCUGAGGUUAUUUCAUAUUUGAAUGAGAUCUUUGGUUCGCUUCUAAAUGCACUUUCAGAUCCUUCUGAUGAGGUGGUUUUGUUAGUCCUAGAAGUGCAUGCCUGCAUAGCAAAAGACGAUCAACACUUCCGUCAUCUUGUUGUUUAUCUAGUCCAUAACUUCUGCAAUGAUCGUUUGCUUCUUGAAAAGCGUGGUGCUUUGAUAGUACGUCGACUUUGUGUUCUUUUGGAUGCAGAACGGGUUUUCCGGGAGUUUUCUACAAUUCUAGAGGGUGCAGAUGACUUGGAUUUUGCGUCUACUAUGGUUCAGGCCUUGAAUUUGAUUUUACUCACGUCAUCUGAGUUGGCUGAGCUACGAGCUCUACUAAAGCAAUCAUUGGUGAAUUCUUCUGGCAAAGAUUUAUUUGUUUCUCUAUAUGCUUCUUGGUGCCAUUCACCAAUGGCAACAAUAAGUUUGUGUCUGCUAGCCCAGGCAUACCAUCAUGCCAGUUCUGUAAUUCAGUCACUGGGAGAAGAAGACAUAAAUGUGAAGUUCUUGGUGCAGCUGGACAAGUUGAUCCGCUUGCUGGAGACUCCAAUUUUUGCUUACCUACGAUUGCAGCUUCUUGAACUUGGGAAACAUACAUGGCUAUUAAAGUCUUUAUAUGGUCUUUUAAUGUUGCUUCCCCAGCAAAGUGCAGCCUUCAAGAUAUUACGGACUCGAUUAAAAACUGUAACUUCUUCCAAUUUCAGCAAUGAGCUCAAGCGUACAUCAUCAGGAAAUCCAUACUCCCAGAUUUUACAAAUAACAGAGGACAGCAAUAGGAAUCAAGAUGCAGCCAACAUUUAUAAUGCACUCAACUUCCCAUCUAGGUUGCAGCAAUUUGAGCACAUGCAACACCUACAUCGGAUGCAUGCCAAAUUACAGCUGCAAUCCCGCAAUUCGACAUCCUCAACAUGGUCGCAGGAAAUGCAAAAAUUGAAAGAAUCACGCCGUCCGUCACCCCUUCCUGACGUAAGUCGGCCCCCCCCUAGAUCAUCCUGGAACGUUUCAGGACAGCUGCAACGUUGAUGGUGCUGGUUAAUUUUUGGCACCAUGUCUGGCCAUAUGGCACUGAUCUCAGCAUCUCAAGAAUACUGUGCAAGGAAUGAGAUCGGUUAAUGUAAAGUUGUAUAUCAUAUUGGUCAGUCUGCUAGAUUUUGUUGUGUUGGGACAGCAGGGUUUGAGAAGCACGGCAUGAGCUGUACUCCGUGAGUUCCCUUUCUUUUAUUUGUCAGGCAAGUUGGCUCAUGUGGUUUUGUAAUUUUUUUAUUGAAGACCACAUGAGUCGAGGAUUUGGGUGAGGAGAUUCAGUUGUUUAUACUGUUCAGCUGAUUCAGUAAUCUUAAUAAAGCAGGCAGGAAAUGUACAUUGUAGUCA